GUUCACCAAAGUCCCUCAUAAACCGACUUGCCAUCUCAAGCUCAAAACACCAUUAACCAACUAAUAGUGUCUUUGGCGCAAAGUUAAUACGCCAUGAGGACAACCAGCAUCCUCGUUGUCAUUGUUGCCACGGUCAUGUAUGCUACUAGCGCAUCGGCCACGUGUUGUGGAGAUUCGAUGGGACAUCAAUUAUGGCACACGACAGUAGAGGAUGGGUGGGAGCCAAUCGUGAACAUAAAUGAUGACCACAUCCAGGAGCUCGGUGAUUGGGCGGUGUUGGAGUUCAACAAGCAUGUGAACUGCACAGUCAAGUUCAACAAGGUGUUGAGCGGCCGACAAAAACAUGUGUCCGGCAUGAACUACGAGCUCAUUAUCGAUGUGACACACUUUGGUGGGGAAGACGGUAACUACAAGGCGGAGCUGUACGAGCAGGAGUUGACGAAAAAACGCCAGCUCCUCUCCUUUACCAAAGUGAAAUAGGCGGGCACCAGUUAUUUCAUUAGCAAUAAUUUGGUUCCUGGAAUGUUGUUAGUUGUUUGUUUAAUCCAAUAAUAAAUUGUCCUCUUGCUUUGUCA